CAUCUGCUGCGCGUAGAAGCAGCCAGCAGUCAACAUCACAGUAUCUACGAGGAUGGACCGUUGGGCAGGAAAAGUAGCAGUGGUCACCGGCGCCAGCUCGGGGAUUGGCGAGGCGAUUGCCAAGAGUCUCGUAGCCUCGGGGCUCAAGGUCGUAGGCCUAGCGAGAAGAUCGGAAAGGCUUGAAGAACUGUCGAAAAACCUGGAGGUGCAAAAGAGUUCAAAGGGCAAGUUGUAUCCACUACGAUGCGACGUACGUCAAGAAGAGGACAUCCUGAAGGCCUUCGACUGGGUCGAGAAGAAUCUUGGGGGUGUUGACAUCCUGGUGAAUAAUGCUGGAGUAUCUGUAUAUAAUAAACUUACUGAGGAUAGCACUGAGAAUUUUCAUAAAAUCAUGGACGUCAACGUGAUUGCCGUGGCCAUCUGCACCAGGGAGGCUGUCAAGUCGAUCAAGGCUCGCGGAGUUCCAGGCCAUAUCAUUAAUAUCAACAGCGUCUUAGGACAUAACUUGUUGAACGCAAAGAAUUCAUAUAGUUUGUACAGUCCCAGCAAGUUCGCCUUAAAUUGCAUGACGGACGCAACACGAAAUGAAUUGUCUGAAGUUAAACCUGCUAUCAAAGUUACCAGUUUAAGUCCUGGGUUAGUACGAACGGAAAUCGUGGAAGCCAUUGGAUUAGGUUACGAAAUUUUUGACAGCAGGGCUCACGUUAUGCCUGAAGACAUUGCGAAUGGAGUUAUUUACGUUCUGGGGACACCACCUACGGUGCAAGUUGGUGAACGAGCUAAUGAUAACACCGGUCGGAAAUUAAUAUUGGAAUAUUUCUUAAUGAAUUAUAACUUGAAUUAUAGCUUGAAUUAUAGCUAUUACUAGAAUUAUAACUUGUAAGGAAUUAAUAAAAAUAAAAAAUGUAUUGGCUGAAAAA